AUGGUCAAGUGCUUCUCAAGAAAACAGUCAGUGACGGCCUUAAGCUCGCGGAAGCAGAGUUGGCCGUGCUCACCGAAGCUUGCUGAGGAAGCUGUCUACUUGCCUCUGCUGUUUGAAACGCUCCUUCAAGGCCUGCCUGCCGGUGACCUGUCGUCAGACAGUGAAGCGGCAUUGUCAAUUUCAAAAAUGAAAGGCCUGCUGCGCCGAGUACGGCACUUGGAGCUUAGGCAUAGGUUCCUACAGGAGCUUGUGCAAAGCGAGAGACUGCACCUCACCUUCAUCCAAGGAUGCUUGAAUCCGAGCGAUGGGCUCACGAAGAGUCCUGAAGAAGCGAUGCUCCAGCAUCUGCUGGAAACGUGUGGACUUGAGCGGAUCUGUGAGGAAGACUUGCAGGCCCUGUGUGCCCCUGACCACCUGAGAGAACGUGUGGAGGAACUGGACAAUCUCAACGAGAAGCUGGAAGAGCUUCCUGAGAACUUACUGAAGUCCAGUGGCCGUGGAUUUGGCUCUGGGCAAUUGCAGGCGGCUUUCGAUAGUCGCGAGGAGGCGGCUGAACUAAUCGAAGUGUUCUUGCCAGGCAUCAACCGAGAUGGGAAAUAUCAGAGAGCAGACGUUCUUGUGGCAUGGGCACGGGAAAAUGAAUCAGUGAUGAAGCGACAGCGAAGAGAGUCGUUGCAGGGCAUGUGGGAGGUAUUACCCCAGCAGCGUGUGACGCCGAAGCUGGCAGACACCUUCGAUGAGCUGGCAAGGAGCAACCCGCUUGUCCUGCUACCGGCACUGCAGCGGAAGAGGCGCUUGCUUAGAGAAAAUACCGACGCUACGCAGCGAGCAAAGGAGGAGCAGCUGGCGAAGAAGAAGUAUGCCUUACAACUGGCCGAGAUACUUAAGCAGGCGAAGUUGCCAUUGGUGCAACAGCUGGAGGGAGUGGACCGGACAUGGCUGCAGUGCGUCCAUGAAGUGCAGUGGCCAACUAGCGUGCGGCAGCUGAUUGAUUAUAGCAAUGAGAGAUAUCAAAGCGAGUGUGGCAAGACAGUGCUGAACAGUUUCCAGGCGUCGCUGGCCGUCUUGGAGCAAGUGGGAAAGGUCGCAGAGACACAGCGGCUGUCGAAUGAUACAACUUGGAUGGCACACUUGAAGUCGUUAACAGCAGACUUGGUGGGUGCGCAAGCACCUGUACAGCAAGCACCCAUGAUGACGGUGGCGAUGAUCAUAUCACUUGAACUGCACAUUGCAAGAGAGGAUGAACCAGAGUAUGUACGGGCAAUGGCAUUCGUGGCGCUGCUGGCCGUGUAUGGUUCAAUGCGAAUGGACGACUUGCAAGGGAUGCUGCCGGCCACCAUGCGGCUUACAGCACAGGGCUUCAAGGCCACUCUGGGACGCACCAAGACGACGGGCGCAGACCGUCGCAACAAGGAGGUCUCGGUCUUCAUACACAGGCAGGCAGGAUUGUCCGGGUUUGAUUGGCUGGGUGAGGGCUUUGCGCUUUGGAAGAAGUAUACUCAGCCGAGAGACUUCCUUGUCAUGAUCGCCAGGGACGAUUGGAAAGGGCCAACUAAGCACUUUGCUAAGAGCGAGGUAGUUGCAGGCUAUGUGCGUGAGGUCUUCAAGAGGCUAGCAACGCCGAAGUUUGAGGAUGGGGCCUAUCGCCUCAACUUGCAGAGGUACCUCUUGGUGGAAGGGGCCCAAGGCUUCUUUACGGGGCAUAGCCCACGCAAUUGGCUUACUUCAGCAGCUGCGGUGUUGGGAUGGUCUAAGGAUCAGAGGGAUUUCUUGGGUCGUUGGAUGAUCGGUGGUUCGGGUUCUGCCGACUACACGCGCACUGCAAGGGAGGUUGUGCAUCGCAUACAGAUUGGAGUCUGCGAAGCAAUUGUCACCGGCAAGGGUGGCGAGUAUCAAGAGAGUGAAGCCCUCGAAGAGCUAAAAGCCUUUGUGGACGAACGUGGAGGUUCAGGUGCAUUGGCGAGGCGGCGGCAUGAUCUACUUAGGACUGUGGAAGGCGUACGCUGCUUGGGCACCAAGUGGCCUGCCAUUGAGCAGGACGAUGCAGAUGCCAGCGAAGAAGAGGAGGCACCGGAAGCGAUGAACGUUGAGGGUAGUGCCACAAAGUACUUCAUUAGCAUCAGUCGUAAGACGGGCCAUCGCAGGCUGCACUUGAAUGGGCCGUGCCAUGUUAAGCCACAUCAUUGCAAUAGGGUCGAGUUUGUCGAGCGUGUCGCAUUGGAUCAGAUCGACAGCAUUUGUCGUGAUUGCAAGCAUCGUAUGAGGGAAGAUCAAGGUGCCGAGGACGAUCAGGACACAAGUAGCGAGAGCGGGUCCACAAGUGACUCGAGCUGCGAAGAGGGGUGCGGCAUGUACAUGGCUGUUUGCAUGGAUAGCAUGGCGUUGCCCAGUGAGGCGGAUCAGAGAGCAGAAGUGGCAAAGAUGGAUUCUGACUUGCAGUAUGUGCUUCAGGAAGCCAGUGCGUCACUGGCCACGCAAUAUCAGGUUGCGCGGCUCCAUCAGAGUCGCAGGCGAUUCCAGGCGAUCGCCGAUAACCGCGAAGGUGCCCGGACAGCUGCACGUGAUUUCGGGAUUAAUCCUGAUACACCGGCGGGCCGUGUUGAGGUGGCAGCUAUCGUAGCUGCGUGGGAACUUGCCAAGGAGUAUGCCAGUAAAGAAAUCGAGCUACGUGCAGAGGCGAAAGUUCUAGGCCAUAAGAGAAUCUUGCAAGUGCAGGAACGCCAAGCUAUGCUGAAGGCAGUGACGGAUGCAUACGGGAAGAUGAAUGAAAGCGAGACGCCAAGUGCAGAGUACUUGGCAACAAAGGCCGAGGAGUGCGAGAGCAAUGAGCCUCUCGCAAGUUCGCUUGAUCGCAUCUCUUCAAAGAAGGAUUCGCAGGUGGAGAGUCUCCAGACUAGCAUUGAUCCGACCGGGCAUGUUCGGGUGACAAAGACAAUGCAGAAGUUGGAAAUGCCACAUCACUCAGAGGGCUAUAGACGCUUGAUGAAGGUCGAGGCACAUGCAUGGCUCUGCAUGAGUGCACGGUUUAAGGCAAAGGCUUGGUUGCAAGGGCUUCAGCUUGAUGAUUUCACUAAGUUUGUUGAGUACAUCUUGGGAGAUCGUGUUGGCAACCUAAAGUUGCCCACUGCUUCAGGGCAAGAGACGCAGUUCAACAGGCCUCCAUGGAACAUCGUCUUGAGUUAUGAAUAUAAGUUGAGGGUUGAAGCUUUCAAGAUGAUCCUGGAGGGAACCGCCACCAUGGCAGAGGCACUUCGGGCAGUGCGUGAGGAUCCAUCGCUGAAAGAGGCUUACUUUACAACACCUCUGGCAUUGCACACAGCUGGUACGCCUACCAAGUUUCGGAAGGGCAACAGCAAAGGAAAGGAUAAGCAGCAAGGGCAAGAGAUUCCACCGCCGCCAGCGCCGCAUCAGAACGGGUGUUUCGGCGAGCACCCAGCCUCGCAGCACGAAGCCGCGACAGCGGGCCAACCUGUGGCAUCCAGGGUGGUUCAUGUCUUUGCAGAUCCUGCUGAGCGCUUUGAUUGGGCACCGCAUCUCAGCAAUAGCAUGUCGCAGCCAGAAUUCGUCGCUUUUGGAUUUGAUGCAAACAACCUGUUUUGUGGUCAUGCUUGGGAUCAGUUGUUUGAGCUUGUGAAACAACCGAAAACCGUGAUCUUGAUCUCGCCUCCUUAUGAUACUUUUAGUCGGGCGAGGCAUAAGCAACCUGGGCCACCGCCACUUCGCAGUGACAAGUGGCCCAGAGGUUUUCCAUGGCUUAAGGAUUCGUCUAUGCAGAAGGUGACUUCUGCCAAUCAUUUUAUCGACCAGUGUUUGAAAGCAACAGUUUUCGCGGCCGAGGCUGGCAAUUUCUUCAUGUGGGAAGCGCCGGAACACUUCGGCCGCACCGCUGAUGGCAUUGUGCCGAGCUCCAUUUGGGUUUGGCCUGAAUUACUUGACUGCAUUCCGCGUUUUGCGGCCACAACCUUUGUGCAUUACUUAUGCGAGUUCGGGGCGGACUGGGCCAAACCGACGCGUUACUUGAGCAAUUUGCCUUUCUUCCGUCACUCCCCAAGGCCCUUGACGGGGUUGCCGGUGCUGGAUGCGGAUCACCGCUACGUUGGGCAUCAUUCAACUGCGAUGCCUAUGUCGACGCGGGUUCUAACGAAGUACUUGCAGCAGGUUGCACCUGGCUUUCAAGCAUCUGCUAUCGCGAUCUUCGAUGAUGUCAGGACGGGUGUCCACCGUGAUGCUCGGAAUGCACACUAUCCGAACAUGGUAGUGCCGUUAUCCGACUUUGAAGGUGGCCAGAUCUGGCUGGAACAGCAAGGAGGCGACGUUUGGGAGACAACGCCAGAAGGGCAGAGACCGGGUGUCCUCUUGGAGGUUUGUAAGGGUCCGGUAAGCUUCGAUGCCUGGCGGUCGUACCACGCUACGCGGGCGUGGAAGGGCCGUCGGGUGGUGAUGGUAGCUUACAUGACUGACAAGCUUGGCAAUGUUGAGGCUUCCGACUUAGUUCACCUUAAGGCAUUGGGCUUUGAGUUACCACUUGACUUGGCUGCAUCGAAUGGGGAGACUUCGGAAGCUCUGGGUACCGCCGAGGGCCCAAGCACACGAGACACAGCACCACCCGUGCCGUUCAGACCAGAGGCGUGCGGGAACCGAGGCAACCCCAUUCGUGUUGAGUGGGAAGGUCAGGAGGCUGACAUGACAGACGGGUUCGGGCUGUGUUCCCCGUCGCGAUGGAGGCCGAUGGAUCGGGGGCAUCGCCUGGGCCCAGCGGCUACUGCACAUGCACAAUCCAUGUACCGGAUGCUUACGAGCUUCAUCGCCGAGCAUGUACCUGAUCCCCGGCGCUUCUGCUUGAGCCUACUUUCAGGAAAGAUCGAAUCCUCUCCAUUCGCUGGGGAGAAGUUGGAAGCCCUGCGCAAACAGUGGGUCAAGGUGCUGGGUGCAGAAGACAGUCCCGACGUGCUUGAGAUCCCGGAUGCGCAGCCCUUCUUGCUAAGGGCCUUGUCGCUUUCAGCCGAAAGACUUGAGGAUCCAGACUGGGAGAUUUUAACGGAGGGAGUUGACUGUUUCUGUACCGGGGUCCCCUUAGGUCUUAAUUGCGACAUACCACACUUGCCGCAGGUGUAUGAAAGGAAGUGCCAGUGGCGUAAGCUUGAUGAGUCAGAGUUGGAAUUUGACCGGGAAAAUUAUAAGAGUGCCGAGUUGAGCUCCGCCGGGCUCCUCGAAAAGUUUCGUGCAGAAGAAAAACUUGGACGGAUGAAACCGACAACACUCGGAGCCUUGCGUGAGGAGUACAGUGACGACAUGAUCCGCGUGGCCUCAAUGGGGGCAAUCCUCAAACCCGAUGGCAGUGUGCGGCCAUUACAUGAUGGAACGCACGGUGUCAAUGUCAACAACCAGAUACGCUUGGUGAAUCAGUUAGCAGUUCCAGGUCCGGCAGAAAUGUCAUUUUCAGUUCGGCAAUCAGGUGCUAUGCAAGAGAUUCCCUUGGCCGCGACCGCGGAAGUGAGUGCUGCACACAGGUUGGUCUUGCAUCGGAAGAGUGACUGGGCCUUGAUGUCAUGCAGGGCAGAGCAAGGGUCUGACACGAUUUGGAUCAAUAAGGUAGGAACGUUUGGGCUUAGCCCAGCUUCCUUUUGGUGGAGCAGGUUGUAUGGAAUCAUAGGCAGAGUGGUCACCCGUUGCCUACUGCAGCACGCCUUUUACCACUUCGCUUAUGUGGAUGAUGUGCAUCCCACUUUCUACGGGAAGCGGAUGUACAUCAACUUCCUGGUUUGGCUGAUCCUUCAAGAAAUGAUAGGGGUGCCCUUCGCUUACCAUAAGUUUAAGGGGAAAACGCUUGUCGCUUUCAUAGGAUACGAGCUUGACUAUGGCGCCAGACUGGUGGGACUUAGCGAAGCCCGAGGUGCCUGGGUGUGCAACUGGGUCGAUGAGGCACGGAAGGCGCGCUUCGUCGUCUCUGUCAGGAAGUUUGCAGAGUUUCUCGGGAGACUUGGGUUCGUGUCUAGGGUUGUGUACUGGAUCAAACCACAUUUGGCCCCCUUGUAUGCUUGGUCAGCUGCGGCUUCGAAGAGCCAUGUUGCAAAAAUGGCGGACACGGUUAUUCUGACUUUGCUCUACGUGGAGGCAACGCUUAAAGACAUCAACUUCAAGGUCACACCGGGCCGACAACAGGAAGAGAAAGGGCAUCUCUUCCACACGGAUGCGAAAUGCGAUGAUGGUUAUGUUGUCCUAGGAGGUUGGGACUCUAGCCAGGACCUUUCGGUCGCUUCUUGGUUCUCCAUAGUGGUGAAGCCUGCGGAUGCACCGUACCUUUUCGACUCAGCGGGAAAAUCACAAUGGGCGUCAGCAUCAGCCGAACUUUUAGCAACAUUAGCUGCUUUGUGGUUCUUCGGACACCUUAAGGAGAGUAGUUCGCAGAGGCGACUCCCCGUCGCCAUUGCCGGGGCCACUGACAAUCAGAGCAACGAGAAGCUUCUUAAGAAACAGUCCACUACCAAGUGGCCGCUCAUGCUCAUCAACAUGCAGCUCUCACAUCUCCUAAGAAAGGCUUGUCUGAGGCUCAGCUUGACUUGGAAACCACGUGACGAAAAUAAGUUGGCAGAUGCUCUGACAAAUCAGGAUUUCAGCUCUUUCAGUUCCGAACACCGUUUGGAUGUCAGUUUCAGCGAGCUACCACUGGAGCUCUUGAAUCAGUUGUGGUUGUCGAAGUCCGACUUCGAUGCGUCUCGUAAGGCGCUGCAGUCUGCAAGUAAUUUUCUGCCUCAUGCCCCGAAGAGGAAGCGCGAAGGCACACCCUGGCGCCUGUUUGCUGACCUCCCCUUCGUGUCAUUGGAUGACAUUCCUUCGGUCACUUCCUGGGUCGCAGGCCUCACUGAGGAUUUCGCGCUUCAAGAAAAGAAGGCUGCGGUGCAACAGUGGCAAGAUCGUGUUUGUACCAAUGAGAAGCUCAGUACUCGUUGGAUUAAGCGCAAAGCGGAUGAGAAGUUGCAGCAAGAAGCUCAGGCCCCUGACCUUGCGAAGCAUGCUGGUGCUGUCCACCCCGCUGCAUUCUUGCGUGACCAAGCGGAAGUUUGGACAAAACAGUGGACUGCGCCGGAGAGGCACAUUGAUCUCGCUCGCGUCGAGGAGGCUUUCAGGUGCCUUCCUGAUGCGUCCACUCUAUCGACCGGAGUCAUCAGCCUUUCUGUUGAGACCCUUCGUGCUUCGGCUGCGGCCAUGCGCAACAAAGCGGCCGGGCCGGACCAGUGGACGGCGGAGCAACUGCUCCGUUUGCCCACCGCUUGGUGGGAGGCUUUUCUGCAGCUCUGGUUGUUUAUCCUCCAAAAUGGAAGUGUUCCUGAAUGCUGGCGUCGCGUGAUAGUCACUCUGGUGCGUAAACCUGCAGGGGGCACGCGUCCGCUGGGACUGUGCUCAAUCGCGUGGCGUGUUGGCACCCGUGCCAUAAAUCGCAGCCUGCGUGGUUGGGUCCAGUCGUGGGCCGAGCACGGUGCUCUGGGGGCCGCCCCUGCCAGAGGGGUGGGAGAUGCUCAUGCAAGACUUAUGCUCGCCAGGCGUGCUGGCGCCCGGCAUUUUUUGAAACAAGACCUCAGUCACUUUUUUGACUCAAUCCAUGUAGGCACUGCCGUUCACCUCUUGAAUAGGCUAGGUGCCCCUCCCGAACUUGGGCGUCUUCUCGUCUCCUUCUAUGGUGCCCAGCAGAGGCUUUUCAAACAUGAAAGGUACCUGCACGAUCAGUGGACCCCUGUGUCGAUCGGAUGCAUCCAGGGAUGUCCUCUCUCCCCGACAAUUGCACUGGCCUUCGGCCACUUAUGGUCUCGAUUCUGCGCCACCCCGGGCACCAACAACCUCAUCUUCAUAGAUGACCGGGUUCUGUGGCCCUUGCCUGGAAGCGCUCAGCCGGCUCGCCUGCUUGAUGCUGCUCUUGACAAAAGCACGGAGUUCGAUUCCAUCUUUGGAUUUAAGUGUCGCCCUUCCAAGUGUGCAGUCGCUCAGCCUCCUGGCGAGGAUGUGCUCACUGCUUUUGCCUCUGCUAAGGGUUACGAAGUUCAGCACACUCUUGAAAUCUUGGGGAUUGUCAUGCACUUGGAAGAAGAAUCCAACUCCCUCUUGCCCAUGCGUGGCAAGUCACAGCUGAUGGGAGCCAGAUUACUCGUCAAGCGCUGGGCCGCGAUGGUCCCCUUGAACAGCGGCGUGCAGCUCAUGCAACAGGUGCAACCGGAUGGUCUGACGAUGCCCGUCGACCGUGCGCAAGAACGCUUGUUUGCAGCUCCUCUGCCGGAGAAGCCUCCUGCAGCGGCAGAGUCGGACUACGAGGAGUGGCUGGGACGACUUUGUGAACACCUUGAAGAGAUGACGCGACGACAUGACCUGCUGGUCAUUGCGACGGAUGGCAGUUUUUGCCAGGAUACAGGUGCGUGCGCCCUUGUGACGCUUCAGGCGGCCUACUCGUAUGGCGAUGAGAAGGAGGAUCAGAGCUCGUUUAAAUACGAGCUGCUUGGUCUCCUCUCCCUCCUUCGUGCCUUGAAACGGGGACGGAUAAAAACGUCGUGCACCAUUGUUGCGCUUUCGGACUGUCAGUCGGCGAUUGCUGCUCUGGAUGCGCCCAUGUCUUGUUGCCUCCCCACUUGGGCGAAGGAAGCCGCCGCGCUGAAGAAAGAACUUGAGGAUCGUGCCCUGAGCCUGCUGCUUGAAUGGGUGCCCUCGCAUGGCAAGCAUAGCACUUGGGUCCCUAACUCCAAGUUGGACCCUGUGCAAUGCCGGUUCUUGAAUGAUAAGGCUGAUCAUGAGGCCAACUUGUGUCGUCUGCGACGUGCUUCGGGCUCCUUGAGGGAGCAGUGGCACGCUCAGAGAGAAGUUGCUUGUAAGUGGGAGACGGAUGCAAUAUAUGCUUCUGCUGCGUCUGCCAAGAUCCUGCAGCAGCACAUCGCUGAUUCUUUGCAGCGGGUGCAGCCUGCACUGCGUGAGCCGGGCUAA